AGUUGGGUCUUCUGCGCGUAUUUCAAUUUCUAGUGCCGUACCAAGGGUCGAAACCACAUUCUGAUUGAUCACAUCAAGAAAGACCAUAUUUUAUACAAAGAAAAAAAAAGAUAAGAGGGAUUAUCGAGCUAACAGAAAUGAACCUAUUCGAUCAUAUUCGUCAACUGUACCAAGCAGAGUUGUAUGAAGACUUUAUCCAUCUGUUUUCACUGGUGCUGUCUUUAAGUGAAAACAAUGAAGAAUGUGAGCUUUUGACUCUGGCACAAAAAUACCAGUGCUUUGUCUACUGUGGCAAUGCUUGUUUUCAACUUGGUGAAUACCGAAAGGCAGUGAGAGCCUUCAAGAAGUCAUUCCUACUGAAGAAAGCCAUCAACAAAGUAAAGGGAAAAUGCGGGACCACUCAAGAUUUGACAUCAGAGGUAGACGUAAAAUUUCGUGUCUAUCAGUGUCACAUGAAACUCAAGGAAACUUCGGAAGCCUUACAAGUGCUGGAGAGCAUCAGCACUAAACAGCGAACAGCAAAAAUCAACCUGGCUCUUGCUCGCCUGUACCAGCAUGAUGGCCGUGAUCGCUCAGCACUUACAUGUUACAAGGAAGUUCUCAGGGAACACCCACUAGGAUUAGUAGCAGUUCGAGAACUUUUGACUCUGGGCAUGCGUGGUCCAGAUGUCAUGUCGGCUAUUAUGGCUACUGCUCCUUUUUUUUCAAACUGUGAAUGGCUGACAGGGCUUAUUCGUUGCUAUGCUUCAAUGGCCACAAGAGAACAUGUUAUGGCCAUUUCAUCUCUUCGCAGCUUAGAAACUAAGCCAGGACUGCGAGACAACAUUCACCUACAGGAUUGCCUGGCUGAAGCACUGUUUAUGGCUGGCCAAUACACUGAAGCUGCUAUGGCAUUUCUGCGAAUUCGCGCUCUUGAUCCUUUUCACAUGAAGAACAUGGACCUUUAUGCAUACACCUUGUCCAGGGAAAAACGUACCAAAGAUCUACAAAUCUUAUCUCAGCAGUUGAUGGAGGUGAACGAACAAGCAGUAGAACCAUGGGUGUGUAUGGGAUACUACUCCCUUAACAGCAUCAACAAACAAAAUGAACGCCUAGUCCGCACAGUCUACUGUGCACAAAAAGCCUAUUCUAUCAACCCUCAAUGCACACAAGCGCUGUUAUUGAAGGGUGCUGCUCUUCAAGAACUGAAUCGCAUGCAAGAUGCUCUUUUGCAUUUCCAUGAGGCUGUCAGCCGAGCUCCCGAUAGAUUUGAGACAUACCAAGGUAUUAUAGACUGCUACAUUGCUAGUCAUCGAUUACGUGAUGCUGUCACUUUGGCCACACGAGCCUUCAGCCAUCUAGGCUGUACAGCCCGUACCAGCACGCUUUUAGCUUCAGUUUUAGCCAAGAGUCCAACCACAGUUGCCAAGGCCAAACCCUAUUUGGAGAAAGCCCUCAAAAUGGAUCCCUUUUAUCUGGAAGCUGUGUACAUCAUGUGUGACAUUCUGUCCCAAGAGCAGGAUUAUGAUCGGGGAAUUGCUCUUGUGCGGCAAGCAUUACAAACACAGACAGAUGCACGACUGCAUGUUCUUCUGGGGGAUUUCCUUACACAUACCAAUCAGUAUCAGGAUGCUUUGGACCAUUACCAUAUAGCACUCAGCCUGGACCCAUCAAGCAUUCAAGCACGAGAAGGCAUGGAGCGAGUUGAGAAACAUAAUGAAAUGGGACUUGAGGGAAGUUAUGAUGUCGAGGUGGAAGAUGUGCCAGGCAGUGACAAUGAGCCUGACUUUGAUGGCAGUGAUAUGGAGAGUACAUGGUCAGACACAGAGUUUAGUCAGCCUUGACAUUGCCCCUAGUUAAAAAAGCAUCCUUUGUAUGAGUAUGUGUACAAGCAAAUGAAAGAACAUUUGUUUAUAUUUGCUUGGUUGUGUAUGUGUGAAAUUGUGAGUGUGAUUAUGUGCAUGUGUAUAUAUAUUCUUGCAUUUACUGAUUUUUUUUUUUUUUUAGUUUCUCUAAAGGGACUGAUGUGCAUGGUCUUUCAAUAGGUCAGAGUUGUGAUCACUAAAGGCUUCUUUUCCUUUCUUUCCAUUUUUUUUUUUUAACUUAAAGUAUUUCUUUUUUAAAAAAAAUCCUUUACAGGUUUCCCCCCUCCUCUUACACUGCCAAGUAUUUGUGUAAUAUGUUCAAUUGUACAUACAAAACACAUUUGUGCAAGACUUAUUGACUGCAAUAUUAUUCAGAAUUAUUUUAUGUCAUAUAAUGUAAUAAACACACUUUUCCUUACUUCUUGUUCAUAAGAUUUUUCCCAUAAAAAGACCUAAUUAUAAAACUUGUUUUGGUCAUUGUCAUCCUUUACUUAGGAUAAGUCAGAGAUAGCUCUCACUCUGCCAGUUUCAAGUUGCCAUGAAGUUAUAUUCACCAUAUUUAUAAGAAAAUUUAAUAUAGGUUAUAUCGUCUGCAGGAUAAAAUAGAACUUGGUCUGUGUUAGUCUAAGCCUGCAAUAACUGGCUACUUAUAUGGUAAAUCUGAUUCGUCUUUAAGUCAGAUUUACUACUGGCUUUUGGUAAUGGAUGCGUAUGUCAGAUAUGCAAAUGUGUACAUAUAAUGGCCGAGAGUCAUUAUAUUCAAAUGUUAUUUGUGGGUAGUGCAACAUUUGUUUAAAAGAAAAGCCAUUCUUGUCAUGCAUUUGUGAGAUGCAACUCAUUUAUUACUCCCUGCAUGUUAAAGCAUGCAUUUUACUGGUUUUAUGUGCUGAAAUGUUGUAAAUUGUAUUUUACUCCGAAUGUUUACAGAAGAAAUAAGGAAUCAAAGACAGAAUAAUUAUGUCUAUUAGCAAAGGCUGCGGUAAUGCACGGUAAGUAUUCUUUUUAGAUGUGCAUUGUUAAAUGCUCACUUGAAACAAGGUCUCAUGAACAAGAUGGCAAGUUUGCUGAAUCAAACUGUUUUUCAUUAGACAUUCAUCAUACUUUUCAGUGUAACCUUUUUUCAGGCAUGUUCCAUGCCAAAUUCUUUCAUGACUGUGAAGAUAAACAUGAUAUAGUAUUGUUA